AUGUCGAUGAUGACGAUAAAGACGAUGCUCAGCAUCGACAAUGACUGCCACAUUGAGGGCGAUAACGCCCUCACUGGUGAAGACAACGUUCUUUCAGCAGUGCACACGAAGCGCACAGCUGUUAACAAAGACGAAUCAGCAGAAGAAUUUCUGCUGGCUCGCGAAGCGGUUGUCCGCUUCGUUCAAGAAGACUCUAUUGCAGAUGUACUGGACAGACAGAAAUGA